AUGCAGAUACUUACGCCUAACACCGACUUAUUCCACACACAACGUAAACUUUUUACAUGCAGUACCAUAACCUCGACGUUGAUCCCAACGAAGCCACUAUCCGUUUCUACGGCACGGAAAACAAAUAGAGAACAUCUCAGAAACCUUGAGAACGUUCUUAAAACCUCCUCAACCUCUACAGAUAAUCACGACAAUAAUGUAUCUUCUCGUCAAGUUAAGACGACAACGUCAACGUCGACGUUACUAGGAGGUUUGAGUUUGGCGAGAAUCUGGCCUCAUAUGAAAGCCGCCGUUGACGAAAUGUCUCCGAGGAAUCUAAAGCGGCUUCAAAGACUUCUCUCAAAAUCAUCGGAGGAGCGUUCGCCUAAGAAUAAACUCGGGUCUAACUGGCGAGAGCUACACGGGUCCAAUAACUGGGCCGGGUUGCUUGAUCCUCUAGACGAGAAUCUCCGGCGAGAGCUUGUCCGUUACGGUGAGUUUGUGCAGGCGUCUUAUCACGCGUUUCACUCGGACCCGGAAGGCUCGCCGAGAGACAUCGCGUUACCAGAUGGAUCAUUUAAAGCGACGAAGAGUCUUUACGCCACGUCAUCGGUUCGUUUACCUAAAUGGAUCGAUGACGUGGCUCCUGAUCUGAGGUGGAUGACUAAACCGACUAGCUGGGUUGGGUACGUGGCUGUCUGUGAUGAUCCGAGGGAGAUCCGACGGAUGGGGAGGAGAGAGAUCGUCAUCGCGCUACGAGGAACCGCCACGUUGCUCGAGUGGUCAGAGAAUUUCAGACCGAAUCUGGUUUCCAUGCCUGAGCCAAAACCCGAUCCAUCCGACCCGACCCGACCUAAAGUUGAAUGCGGGUUCAAUAGCCUCUACACGACCGCUAGCCAACACGCGCCGAGUCUCGCCGAGUCGCUGGUCGGAGAAAUCAGCCGGCUUGUGGAUCUCUACGCCGGAGAAGAGCUGAGCAUUAGCGUCACCGGACACAGCCUCGGUGCCGCCAUCGCUCUCCUCGCAGCCGACGAUAUCGCCGAGCGUGUCCCCAACGCGCCUCCGGUGUCGGUUUUCUCGUUCGGCGGGCCUCGUGUAGGGAACAGAGAGUUCGCUGACCGGCUAGUAUCCAAGGGAGUGAAAGUCCUCCGCGUUGUGAACAGCCAGGACGUGGUGACGAAAGUUCCAGGGAUAUUCUCCGACAACGAUAAUAACAAGCAGGGGCAGAAUCGUAUCAUGGAGAUGGUGGAGAGGAACAAUCCAUGGGCUUACUCGCACGUGGGAGCUGAGCUGCGCCUGGACAUGAAGAUGUCUCCGUACUUGAAACCUAACGCUGACGUGGCGUGCUGUCAUGACCUGGAGGCGUACUUGCACUUAGUCGACGGGUUUUUGGCUUCGAACUGUCCGUUUCGGGCAAACGCGAAAAGGAGUUUGAGGAAGCUGUUGGAUGAGCAACGGUCUAACGUCAAGGUUUUGUACACUGGAAAGUCUUUGAGACUCAACCGUGAUAGUAUUGUCGAUAAUGGAGAUGUUUUGCCUAGUCCGUCAUCGUGACCUCUGAAUUUUUCUUCGUAUUAUUAUUUAUUGU